CGGCCGUGGGGCCACAGUCUCAGAUCGCGCGCGCGACACAACACAAGUUCGGAAACCGCGCGUCCUGCGAACAAACUUUAAAAAAAUAAUAGCAUAAAAGUGGUGAUGUAACGAGCGUGCAGUGUUAGUGGCCAGUGUUAUCAUUUGUUGAUGAAUUUCCAAACAGUGUUUUGAAGUUGCGAUAAAAUCGGAGCCAUUGUUCUGAGGUUUGUGUUAGAAGGGAUCUCGCGGAUUUGUCGGCUGUUUGAGUUGAAUGGUCAUAGAUACAAGAUAACAACCAAAGUGUUAUACAAAACAUAGUGUAUGUUUAAGUGAAAAGUCUCCAAGUGCAAUACAAGACACAAAGUGUUAACCCAACGAAUAAAAUGUGCAAUACAACGGACCAAUCACGGUGACGCAUUCAAAAUGCGCCGGCCAAUCAGGACGCACAGCUGACAAAGAUGGCGCUACGUCACAACAUGCCGAGCAUGGAGCAGAGCUUCCUGCCGGCCGAUCCUCCUCCUCUAGACAGCUACCACAAGACAGAUCUGGCCACGGAGUACUUCAACACCUUCAACCAAAUAUGCGACAACUACCGCCCCGACACCGAACUUCGGCAGACUUCGGACAACGUUCGGUUAUCCUCGGAGAUUCUAGAUCCCGAGUAUGUGAAUACAGACUUUGCGGAGAAGGUGUAUCUGAGUGGGAAGGAUGAUCAGAUAUUCCAGUUUGGGCAGCCGGAUGCGAGCGCGUUGCUGAGGCAUAGAGCGAGACGGAGAUAUAAUGAAGAGCAUGGGCUUCAGCCACCGCCGGCGACCAGUCAGGAGAGUGGGUACGGCAGUGAUGAGUUCGGCCACGACUCGCCCGGCCGGUACGCGUCCCCCAAGGGGGCGGGGUACCAAGACGCGUACUACGGGGGCGCCGAGUGGCCCGCGCCCUACUACCAGCCGCCGCCGCCGUAUCACCACGACCCGUAUGCGACGUCGCCAGGUAUAGGCGGCGCGCACCCCAGCGAGGCGGGCGGCGCGGCGACAGUCUCCGAGCUGCCGCUGCCGCCCAUGUCGUCGUUCCGAGCCGCCGCCCCCACCCACUCGCCUGGUGAAGCCAUGCUCAGCAAGCCCACGCUGCAGCCGAUGUACGCAGCCGCGUCCACAACCCCGGGCGCGGGGGAGGCCGCCUCCAUGUCAUCCUACGGCUCGUCGCCGAGCACGCCGGUGCACUCGCCGCCGCCGCUGCACGCGCGGCUCUACCCGCCGCUGAAGCACGAGCCCGCGCCGCCCGACCACCGCCAGCAGCAGCCAGGCUGGGCACCCCCAGGCGUGGCGUCCCCCCCCGGCCCGACGGUCACGCCGCACCCCCCCGGCCCCUCCAUGCUCAGCAACGGCCACCAUCAGCACGUCGUCAGCUUCCCGGCCGUUAUGGCGGCGCCCGCGGACCAGCGCCGGCUGGACGAGGCCAUCGUGUUUCUGCGGGACCAUUCCGAUGUUGUUGGCGCCAGAAUGGAGGAGAGGCUGGACGACGCGAUCAACGUGCUGCGCAACCACGCGGAGGCGCCCGAGCUGUACCCGCAGGACCUGCCGCUGCACCAGCACCCGCCAGUGAGCCGGCUGGGCGCGGGGCUGCCGCUAGCGCACGGCGCGGAGGCGGUCAAAAUGGAGCGACUCGCGCUACCCAACACCAAAAAGCGCAAAGAGCCCCCGGACUCCGGGCUGGACUCGAAGCCGUCGUCCUCGGGCUCGGCGGACGCGAAGGGAGGCAAGCGCGCCAGGAGAUAUCAAACAUACACACUUGACGCGCAAAAUAAAUCCAAAAUGGCGGCGAACAGCUGCUCCUCGGCGGACGAGGACGACGUGGACCCGGACACGAAGGCGGCGAGAGAGCGGGAGCGCAGGCAGGCCAACAACGUUAGGGAGAGAAUAAGAAUACGCGACAUAAACGAGGCUCUCAAGGAGCUGGGCCGCAUGUGCAUGACCCACCUCAAGAGCGACAAGCCGCAGACGAAGCUCGGGAUCCUCAACAUGGCUGUGGAGGUGAUCAUGACGCUGGAGCAGCAAGUCAGAGAACGCAACCUGAACCCCAAGGCGGCGUGUCUGAAGCGGCGCGAGGAGGAGAAGGCCGAGGAGGCGCCCAAACUGCUGCCGGCGCCGCUGCAGCACUACCAGCCCAUGCCCGGUCUCGGCCAACUGCCGGGGCAGCCCCCGAACGGGCCGCCGCAAUAGCGCCCCCCCACCUUUAGCCACUACGCGCUGCAAUAACCCUCAAUCUGUGAGCGCAGAGCUCAGAACAAGCACUCGCGCACAGAGUAGCACACACAGAGUGUAUUGACAGUUUGACGUUUGACAGUGACAGGAAAAAGGUUGAAAUUGUUGAGGUUUGUAGCAGGACUACUUUAUUGGGAUUGGGUAAUGAAAGUUGUGGUUUAAGUGACCCCCAGUGUGCAAAUUGAGAUGAGAUGUCGAAUGGAUUUUCAAGUCAUUACGAAUUUUCUGCUCUGUGUUUUUCCGGUCUCACUUUUUUUUACGAAAGUCUUUUGUUUUCUUUCUGUUUUAGUAUGAUGUUGUACUCUCUACUGAUGUAGGUGGGUAGUUUGGAAAUAAACUGUUUUUGUAAUGACUUGGAGACGAUAUCUCGCAGUGAAAUUGCCAAAUUCGAAGCAGAUUGUCCCAAAUACAAGUGUAUAAAGCAGUGCGUAGGUUACAUUUUGGACUCUACUAGAUAUAAGUGUGUAUAUUAUUAGAAUAUAUAGUUUUAUAUAAUGUCAACCCGCCAUUCCUCUGGCUUUUUGAAUAAAAAUGUGUUUUUUUUGCCACAAAUAUUUUGAUACGUACAGUCGUAUAAAUAUAUCAGAUCAGUAAAUAAAAAAUAUCAUUUUUAUGUAAAAAGCAGAUUUAAGAGGUUAGGAACCAGAUGCGGUAUCGCCAUAAGACGAGAUUGAAAUCUAUGUCUUAUCCCCAAAGACAUAAGGACUUGUUCUCUUUGACAGACUUGUAUAAUAUAGGCUUGAAGAAUUAUAUGUAUAGUUAUAGUUUUAAAAAUGGAUUAAAGAUAUUUUUAACUAUAAUUUUUCUUUUUGCUGCCAUAAGCGUAGGAUUUUAGUGUGGAUUUAGUACUGCGAUGAUUUAUUAUUGCGUCCGAAUUUGUCUAUUUGGAGUCCAUUUUUGACACCAAUUAUUUAAAAUGAUUUAUUUUUACAAUUUCUUUUGUAUUUACUCGUUACGUACCGUCCCCAAAAAAAGAAAUCUGUUUUUUAUCGGGCAUAAAACAGAUUUGUAUUUAUUUUAUAUUAUUAUUACCCUCCCCCUCAUUUUUGAAGGCGUGACAAUAAAAACUUUGAAAUUGGACUCCAAAUACUUUAUACAAAAUUGUGAUUAUUACAAAAUGUAUUUUUUAUCGUGGCUGCUAUUUACUUACUCGAGAGUACUUAAAAGGUUUUUUUUAUUACUUUUUUGUACCAAAACUCCAGUGAAAAAGGAAGAAUUUGUUUAUAAAAAAGUGACGCAGUUAUUUUAUUUGGGUCCAGGCGAUCUACUUAUUGUAGUAUUAUUAUAUUUUAUUAUUUCCCUAGUUUAAUCGGUAGCUAAAAAUCUGAAAAUUCAAGCAUAAUCACGAUAUUUGUAAAUAAGGAUUUUAUGAAAAAUAAUGUUUUAAAAUACUAAAGCUCAAUAUUUCAUUUUUUAUUAUUGUGGCAUUGGCUGACAACUUGAAAAAUGUAUAAAAUUAUUAUAAAAUACAAUUAAUUGUAAUGCGAUGAAAUAAUUUACUUUACGAUAAAUAUUGACAUGACAGUUCAAAUUAUGACUUUUUUUUAAAAAAAUACUUUGAUGGUAGUUUGAAAUUGACGGUUUUUUUAGUUUAUUUUUUACAGAACAAUUAGAAUUUGUAUUAGAUCAGUAAUCUUUGCAGGUUAUGAGUAAAGUACAAGUUGGCUAGUGGUUUUGUCGCCGUCAAUUUCAAACUAUCGGCAUUUUUAGUUUAAGAUUCAUCAUACUCUGUAAUAUAUAGACAUAAGGGCCGUUGUUCGAAAGACCUCGUGAAAGUUUUCUCACAGCUCAAUAGCCGUAAAGUGAACUAUUCUUUCAAGGCGCGAUAGUGUCGCCACCUAGCGGAGAUAGUUUACUUUACGGCGAUUGAGCUGAGAACCUUUUAUUCAGGUAUCUGAGUUCAAAGUUUUAUUCGGUCUUGUGUCCGUUUAUUUUGCCAUUUACUAGACAAUUUCAGCCAUAGCUAUUCGCACAUUCUCUGAAAUCUACAACACGCAUAAGUUGAAAAGUUCAAAAUAUAUUUUUUAGUAUUUUUAGUGCAUAAGUUUUCACUUAAUAUCGCAUCAGUCUGUCCUCUUUAUUAGUUAGUUUAGUUAACAUUCUCUUCCACUAAGUGUUUAACUUAAGUUUUUUUUAUUACUAUUUUAAUUAUUUUUUGUUGUCGGUACGCGAGAGCGCGUAAUGUUGACAAUAUGUGACAGUUUUUUAAAAUUGGUACGAAGUAAAUGUAAUUUAUUUUGCAAUAUAACUUGGGAUGCUCACGAGAUUUUAAGGAUGUUUUUUUAAGUAUGUUUAACUACUCUGGCACUCGAGAUCUAUUUCUGUUCUACGAAGAAUCCUGGAGAUUGUGUACAAAAUGAGGCUUUUUCAUUUGUUUUUUUUUUACAAAAUAUGUAUUUUUUUAGAUGUUUUUUGUUACGACGUAUUUUUACAGCCGCCAUCUUAUCACUGUAUCAUAGACAUUUGAUAUUUUCUGUUCAGAAACAUAGAUGUAAUUAUCUACAGAAAGGUCUAAUUAUAAAAAUGAAUAAUUAUAAUUAAAUAUAAAUGUGCCAUUUCAUUUUGCUAAAAA